UUGUUGUUAAAAGUGAUGGGAGGAUGCUCCGAGAAAGCAACUAAGGGGUUAAAAGUGAGCAGGAGACGACGCAGCGGCGGCAGUCAGCUCGCCUGGGUGGAGUGAAAUGUUGACACGAAGAGCCGCAAAUUAGCCCAACGAGACGGCCACCACUUGGGGGGCGGCUCUGCGUGAAAACACACACAAAAAAAGACAGCGCCUGAAGUAGCCGCAGCGACGUGAUCAAGCUAAAAGCUAACAUGAGCGAUGUGAGCGAAGAGUCGCUGCUGGAUUACUUUUACUCCACGGCGGGCAGCUCAGGCAGAGUCCGAAAUGCAGACAUACUGAGGACUUUUAAGCCUUUUAUUGGACACAAUGACGCCCAGUUGCGUGCAAAAUACAGAGAAGAAUUCAAGCUCAUUAUUGACCGCAUCGCUGUGGUCAAGUCAGAAAAUGGUGAGAAGUACCUUUUCCUCAAGAAAAAAUACAGGCAGCUGCUGCAAGCGCGGGACAACAAAGACAAAGUUCACGGGCAGGUCGAGGACGAGCAGAGACGCUCCAGUCCCACCAGACCGCCGGCCACCGAGCAGCAGCACGAACAUCAGGAUGGGUUAAUGACGCACACAGAGCCGGACGGCACUGCAGAGUGGGAGUCAGAGCAGGACGACGAGUCAACAGGAAGUAUGGGCUCAGCUGCAGUCGCUUUGGACCCAAUAGAAAAGGAGUGGAUCUACUUUGCGGCCGGCGCUCGAGUUCCUGACCUCUGUCAGCUGCUACAUCAGGACCCCUCCCUUGCCAACAAGAAGGACUUCACAUCUUUUACUGCGCUCCACUGGGCCGCCAAACACGGCAACGAGGACAUGGCCACUCUGGUCGCAAACGCCGGCGCUGACGUCAACACCAAAUCAGGUUAUACGCCUUUGCACAUUGCCGCGCUGCACGGCCAUCGGAACAUUCUCCACCUGCUCGUAGGGACUUACGGUGCCAAGGAGAACCUGAGGGACUACAGCGGCCAUCUUGCUUUGCAUUACCUCAACGUCAAAGAAGCAGAGUGUCCUGAGGAGGACUGCGAUCUGCCAGCGGACUUCCAAGUCUCCCAGGCCAGAGAGCGCAACAGGAACAGGAAGCUGGCGUCGCUCUUCCACUCCAAGAAGAAAUGGGGCUCGGCCGAGGAGCUGGCGCCCAUCGAGGAGGAGAGGGCGGUGCCCCAUCAGCUUGCCCUUCCCGCCUUCAGACCCAGGAAGUUCUCUCGCUGAGGGACGGCAGACACUGCUCUAGUGCUGCAAGCUCACUUUGGCUUUCACGGUUUGGCCGAUUGUCGCUUCAGUAUGUAUUAUCAUCAUAUGUGACCAUAACAGUAUUUACGCUGUUGCCUUUUGUUACCAGCUAGCCUACCUGGUCAUGGUGUCAUCAGCUCAGGUUAAAGGGUGCACUCGUGUUUAUGUUUACACUUCCCAACCCCACCCCCAAAAAAUAUUAAACUAGCUUUUGGGGACAAAAGCUACGUAACUACCUAAAAAAAAAAAACAACCAAACACGAAUGCUUUAUUACUGUAGUUUUAAAUAACUGCAGAUGUGUUUGAACCUACCACUACUUCCUAGCUCAAGGCUGCACGGCGAGGGAAGCAUUGAAGUGUCAUUUUUUCAAACUUUUCCUUUACGCUUUUAUAAUAAUGCGCUUAUAGUUAUAAAAAGUUUGUUGAUGUCAGAGUUAGCAUGUUUUCUUGCUGCGAAAACCCCCCACUACUGUGACAUUCCAGAAUGCUGGAGGUGUUAAAGUACUCAUUUUUUAUCACCAUCUAAAAAGCUAAUCAAUGCAAAGUCCACAUUGCUGCUAUUCACGGUCCAGACGCAGGCUGAUUCGUUAAGCUAAUUUUCCAUUAAUUAGGUGCCUUAAUUAAGUUCAGCGCUUAACGUUUAACCUCGCCAAUGCCUGUUUGCACUGUUACAUUGUCAGCUUGUGCUCUUCAAGGGAAUUUUCCUUCCCUGUCAUCAGCAUAUUUUGUAAUUGGGCUACUAUGUUGUUGUGACAAUGUAGUUUGUUUGCUAUUAAACUAUUUUGAUAUUAAACUCA